GAUCACGAUCUCUCUCUCUCUCUCUCUCUCUCUCUAUAGCUCGUCGGCAGUGAUGAGGGCUUCCGGUUUGUAUCAACGGAGGAAACAUCUCUUACCGGUUGCCCGCUCACUCCUCUUCCUUGGUGCUGCUUCCACCGCAGUCCUUCUUCUCUUCGUCUCUUGUUCCUCCGUCGACCCGUCCGCUGAAAUCCUCGUCCACUCUAUUGCCGCCGACGGAACCCUUGUGGAUAUGGAGGGGUCGGCCAAUCCGCCCCUCAGCAAACCAGGGGAGCUACCGAGGAUGGUGGAGGUGGAUCACGCUAAAGUGGAAUUGGCCAAGCGAGACGAGAAUGUGAUGGAAGCGGUUGAAAGAUCGGGCGGUGGAGCCUCGUGCGCGACCGUAGAAGAGAUGGGAGAGACCUUCGCCGCCGGGUCCGAGACGGAAAGCCUCAGGAUCAGGGAUUUGAUCCACCGCCAUUUCUCUCUGUACGGAGCAGCUAGAGUUCGUGGCUUACCACCAGAUCAGUUUUGCCAAGGAGGUUUCGUGCUAGGAAAAGCUUCAGAAGCUGGUUUUGGGAAUGAAAUGUACAAGAUUUUAUCUGCUGCAGCACUAAGUGUUAUGCUAAACCGCUCCUUGAUCAUUGGUCAAACCAGGGGAUUUUAUCCCUUUGGGGAUUUUAUUUCUUAUACAAACCAUUCAUUUACUAUGAAAGAAGUGAAGCAUCUUUGGAGAAAAAAUGAUUGUGCUGGAAAGUAUAGAAGAAAAUUGCUGAUCAGACUUGACAAUUUUGAAAGUCCAGCAGAAACAAACAUUCUCUGUAGCGACUGGAGGAUUUGGAAACAACCUAUCAUAUGGUUACAGGGCACAACCGAUGCUGUUGCCAUACAGUUCUUUUUAAAGAAUAUAAAUCCUGGAAUGAAGAAUGUAGCUUCAAUUCUAUUUGGAGACACAAGAUUGCUCAAGUCAAGGCCUAAUGUAUUUGGAGAGCUAUUGCGGUUUAUUGUUGCUCCUUCAGAUGCAAUUUUGGAAGCCAUUAAUUGGGUUUUAAAAGGAAAAGAUCCUGAGAUUGCAUUGCACAUGCGCAUGCUAACUAACAGGUCUGCACGGGCUGUAAAGGCAGCAGUUAUAUGUGUUAAAAGGGCAGUUCAUAAUCUUGAUCCCCGUAUUGCAAAUCCGCGUGUAGUAUUGGUUUCAGAUACACCUUCAUUUAUCAAAGAAAUCACGCCAAAUCUCACUGAAUUUGCAGAUGUACUCUAUUUUGAUUACAAGUUGUUUAAGAGCAGCAUUUCUAGUUGGAGGAUGGAUAAGAAAGAGCAGUCCACAGAUUUUAGAGUCAGGGACUGGGGACCAGCACCAAGAUGGGUUGCAUUUGUUGAUUUCUUUCUUGCUUCACGGGCCAAAUAUGCUGUUGUUUCUGGAGCCCACCGCCGGGUUGGGACAACAUAUGCUCAGCUCAUUGCAGCAUUAGCCACAGCAAACCACCAUGGAGAGCAUCAAAUGAAUUCAAGCUUUGUAUUUUACAGCAGCUUUCAGAGCAAGCUGCUUGUAGAUGGCCUGGCUAAACAGAUAGGAUGGGGACAUGUCUGGAAUAGAUUUGCGGGACCACUUAGUUGUCGUCGUCAGCCCCACCAAUGCACCAUAACUCCGCUCCUCCCACCAGCCUGGUGGGAUGGAGAUUGGCAGAGCCCCAUCCCACGAGACGUGCGCAGGUUGGAAGCUUAUGGUGUUCAAUUAACUAAGAAUGGCCGAGUCAUUGACAGCUCUCUCGAGUCCUACUGCAAAAACAGAGAAGAUCAUGUUAGGAUUAUUCGUGUCUUUGGAUCAUGCAGUGGAACCAAGUGUAAGUAGCUCAUUGAUCUCUUCACGUAGAUUGUCUAAAUUGGGUGAAAUUAUUCUGUGCGGAGUCCGGACGUAAUUCUGUGUCAAUUGGCGAGGGAAAAGGCUUGAGGUUUUCCAUUUGCCACAGAUUAGUUUCUGAUUGGUGCUGACAAAGACAGCUGAUAGCUAGCUGUUGAAAUCUUUUAAUAUAAGAAUGAGCUGUUUUAUUAUGAACGGUGUAAAGAGUUGAAGAAUGGCAUAUACAUUUCAGUAUGAUAUGGAAUCAAUUUUUAUGUCCGAUCGUUUAAAAUGAAUAAAUGGUAUUAAGGUUUAGAGCUUACAU